AGUUGGGCAGCUGACUGCGCAAACGUAUUGUAUGUGCGCACUGAGCGCGUCGAUCAAGUGGGCUCAUCUCACAAGUCUCAAUUGUCAACAACUCCCCUCGGUGGUCGGUUGUGGGGUCACACACAACACAGACCACCCACUCAACACAGGCGCCUGCAGUUCAGCCGCACUUGGGAAGUGAUAAAGGCUUGAACGUCGGCCGGUUCUCUUCAUUCCCCACUAUCCUGAGCGGACGAGAGAUCUGGGCUGGAAAAAGAAAUCAUGGCCGUCACGCAGCGCAAACGUCCUCAGUCCGACAAGCUCGACGUCAAGCCGGCCACGUCGGCUCAGACGGGCAAGACCUGGGGAAGGGCUAGAGAUGUCGGCUCGUUUACAAUCACCUGUUCUGCGAUCAUCAUGGCGACAUGUCCCCUGAUGGUUGUCUACUUCUGGAUGGCCUGCACUUCUUUCCAGUGCUCGUUGGCGGCGCCUUUCGAGAAAUUGACUAGCAGAGGCUUCUCUCUUGUUGCGUUGGAGCAUGGCUUGGAGGACCUAGUAAAGGACAACUUUCCCACCCCUACCAAGGAGGGGUUCCAGUUGUACUUUGCGUGGCUUUUGUUCCAAGCCGCUCUUUACGCUUUCCUGCCCGGCAAGAUCGGCUACGGUCAGAUGACGCCUGCUGGAUACACCCUUCCCUAUGUGGUCAACGGUCUCCUUGCCUGGGUCGUCACGCACGCGCUCUUCAUCGGUGCAUCCUUGGGAUUGGGUCUUUUCCCCGCCUCCAUCAUUCACGACCACUGGGGCGGCCUUCUGAUCGCCGCCAACGUCUACGGCUACUUCCUCACCAUCUUCUCCUACCUGAAGGCGUACAUUGCGCCUUCACACAAAGAGGACCGCAAAUUCUCGGGCUCCAUUGUAUACGACAUGUUCAUGGGCAUCGAGUUCAACCCCCGACUCGGCAAAUAUUUCGACUUCAAGCUCUUCCACAACGGGCGCCCUGGAAUCGUUGCAUGGACGUUGAUCAACUUCUCGUUUGCCGUUGCCCAAUGGCAGAGGAUUGGAUACGUCACAAACUCGAUGGUCUUACUGAACUUCUUGCACUGGGUCUAUGUGAUCGACUUCUUCAUUAACGAGGAUUGGUACCUGCGGACUAUUGACAUUGCCCACGACCACUUUGGUUUCUACCUUUCAUGGGGCGACAGUGUGUGGCUUCCGUUCAUGUACACCCUCCAAUCUCACUUCCUUGUUCGCAACCCGGUGGAUAUGAGCUGGCCAUGGUUCACGUUUGUCUCUGUUCUUGGUCUCUCCGGAUAUUACAUCUUCCGUGCGGUCAACCACCAAAAGGACAUCGUCAGGAGGACCGACGGCCACUGUAAGAUCUGGGGCCGUCCCGCCAAGGUCAUCAGGACCGAAUUCAUCACCAGCGAUGGAAAGACUCACAAGAGUCUGCUCCUCUGCUCUGGGUUCUGGGGCCUCUCCCGCCACUUCAACUACGUUGGCGACCUCCUCAUCUCCCUCGCCAUGUGCCUGACCUGCGGCUCCGGCUACCUCCUCCCCUACUUCUACAUCAUCUACAUGACGAUCCUGCUCAUGCAGCGCGUGCAUCGCGAUCACGAGCGGUGCAAGGGCAAGUACGGCAAGUUCUGGGAGGAGUACUGCCGCGUCGUUCCCUACGCGGUUAUUCCGUAUGUGUUUUGAGCGUGCUCAUUGCGCGUGAGUGUGGGUUUCUGUAUCUUAAGCCAAAUAGAGAGAUAGUUUGGGACGGCAAUUUCACUUGCCACCGAGUGGUUAGGGUCGUGUUGGGGUUGUGAUAGAACGUGGUGUUGAGAAUCCCGCUCGAGCGCUCGUAAAGCGUGUUGUUGAAGCCAUUCUCUUUUGAACCAAGCAUACUCAGAAGGAAGGUUUUUGUCUUCAAAGACGGCGGUCUCUGGGAGUUUGUUACAGGUAAGCCAGUGACCACUGGUCAGAUAUACCGGAACAUAAACCCAGCGUAGCAAGGAGC